UCUAAUUUCUAUUUUUACAGUUUAUUUUUAUAGUGGCUGCCUCUGUCUAGAAACAAUAUCAUUGAUAUUAUCAAUAGUGGUAAUCAAUAUGUCGAAGAGAAUUUAUUGUAAACCACUUCCACGAAAUAUUAGGCUAUGCUUGUUAAAUUGGCCUGGAAAAUUGUUAGGACUCUCCGAUCUCAUAAGUGUGAUUGAAUCACGACGGCCUAUGCCAGGUCAAGAAUUACGUGGCAAACUUACGGAGGAAUCCACUACUAAUUCGACGUCUAAUAUUUCGGAUGACGGGGAUCGGCAAAAUAUAAUUUCGCCAACAAAGAAUACCACACAAUUGGAAUGGAUUCUAGCAGGCACAGCUAUUGAUCGUAUAGCUUUCGUGUUGUUCUGUUUGAUUUUAGCAACAAUGGCAAUAGUGUGCAUAGGUUAAUUCGUUAUAUGGAAGUAUUCUUAAGUCGUUCGGAUAUAUUGCAAACAAAUAUAUACACGUAUAUAAAUAAAUCAUGAAUUGUUAUUCAAUGUAUUGAUUUAUUCUCAUAAAUAAAUAAUCUUUUAUAAUAUAAACAAA